GAUAAUUUGACAUAUGGGCGGCUCUGUUUAUGAUUAAUUUGAGAUUUCCCUUUUGAAAUACAUAUUUAAGACGUAUAUUCGAUUACGAAUACUUUUCAAAUAAAUUCAUAUACUAAAGCGGCGCUAAAAAUGUCUCGUCAGACCUCUAGACUGGAUGCUAAGAAAGUUAAUUCAGAACUGUUGACGCUCACCUACGGCGCACUAGUGUCUCAGAUGUUGAAGGAGAUUGACAAUACGGAUGAUGUAAAUAAGCAGCUCGAGAGAAUCGGGUAUAACAUGGGUGUUCGUCUUAUUGAGGACUUCUUAGCCCGAACGACGUCUACCCGCUGCCUGGAAAUGAGGGAGACUGCUGAUAAAAUUCAGCAGGCGUUUAGGUUAUACCUAAACAUGCAGCCGACAGUAACCAGCUGGAGCAGUUCCGGAGAUGAGUUCUCGCUGGUCUGGGACCAGUGUCCUUUGAGCGAGUGGGUGGAGAUGCCCAACAAUGGACUUAAAUACUGCAUGCUGAUACCGGGGGCUAUUCGAGGCGCAUUGCAAAUGGUGCAGUUGGAAGUGCAGUGCUGGUUUGUUCAGGACCAACUGAAAGGUGAUCCCGUGACAGAGCUCCGAGUCAAAUACAUCAAGAGGCUAGAAGAUGCUGUGCCAGCUGGAGAGGACUAAACUUGGACUGUUAGUUAUUUUAUUAUUGUUUAUAUUUACAUUAUCAACUAGUUAAGUACUGAAAUAAAUGUUAUAACAAAAAAAAGUGAUCAAGGCCUCGAAUCUUGGAAUUUGCGACAGGCAGAUCUCUCGGCCACCCGGGCACGGCGGCAUGGGUCGAACUUUCUCAACUCGUAAGAGUUUACGGCGCCCUCUGGCGGCUUAUUAAGGGUGCACUUUGUCGGCAUCUUGGUUGCCAAUCACACACUCACACUUUGCAGCAACCAACAGAUAUUUUAUCAAUGGCUAUUACCAUUCACCUUUUGAAUGCCUUGUCCCGGACGCCAGGCGAUCGCGAUUAUUUAAGCGAAAUUGAACUUUACGGAGUCCCACGUAAGUCCCUAAUGCAUUGGUGAAGCUGUCGGCGGCGUCCUAGGCAAGACUUCGAUGACGGCCACAGUCGACUGUGAUAGUCAAAAGGUUAAGGUGCAUUGCAGUUAACUUCGAAAGCAGGCUAAAUAAAAAAAUGGCUAUAAACCAGCGGCACUUAAUACUUUUUCAUUUCUUAUGCUCUGUAAGUGAGUUGUUGUUCUAAAAAGAGUGCAACGUUUUUAUCUUUUUUUACAAUAAGCAAUGAAAGUUUCGCUUUUUAAUGGAUUUGUUGUACAAUUUCCAUUCUGAUAAUAGUGAUAAUUCGACUUCGAUCCUUCAAUCCAUCUCUAUUUCAAAUUCUCUUUGAUAAAUUCCAUAUUCCAUAAAUAACGAUAUUUUUACCUAAAUUGUUAGUUGAAAGUACCCUCAAGCAACACUACUGAAGUUUAUAAUACUAAGCCGUGUUUAACAUUCCUCGUAUUAUAUCAAAGAGAAUUUGAAAUGGAUUGAAGGAUCGAAGUCAAAUGGCGUUCUAAAAGUUUUAAUCAUGUGUCGAAAGACAGCAGUAAAUUUACUGUGGGUACAAAGUUUUCUUUGGCAAUCCUUUUUUCAAAUUCUCUUUGAUUGUUAGUAUAGGGACCGUGCGCGUUGGAGGGUCUGCCAUCUUGUGGCCUGAAUCGGAACCAUAAACAUGCACAUGUACACGUCACGUGUUUUCUUGUGCAUAGUAGGUUCUGCCAUCUUGUGGGCUACAUCGGAACAAAAAACAUCACAUUUACGCCUCGUGCCAAAAAUCUGACGGCUCCUGUGCUGCCUCCUACAGUUCAUGCAAGCUCCCUAUAUUAAUCGUCAGGUAACAAGCAAAACUCACUAAUAACCACAAGUUCAUAGCCAUAAUGAACCAUAUUACGACUAAUAUAAGGUUGAUUUUUAUUUUUUUAUAAAUAAGUGAGUUUUGCUUGUUAUCUGACGAUUUCUUGUGUAAAGGAAACAACAUGGGCAGCAAGUUCCGUAAAAAAAUACUAGAUGUCGCUAUAACAAUCAACUUUGCACGCCAUCUAUUGAUGGAUAGCUGACGAUGGAAACGUAAAAAGAGAGUUUAUUUUGUGAAAUGUGAUGCAAUCAUAUGCACAUGAAGGAUAUUUUGUUUAUUAUCAUAAUAUUUGUCCAGUCUUUAAAGAUUUUCCGAACAUUAAAAAAAAAGUUUUUA